AUGGCAAACAACACCAAGACCCCCUCCGGCCUGCACAUCCUAAUAGUAGGCGCCGGCUUCGCCGGCCUCUCCGCCGCCAUCGAAUGCAAUCGCAAGGGCCACCGCGUGACACUCUUCGAGAAAGUCUCCUCCAUCGACGAAAUCACUCGCUACGGGGAUAUCAUCUCCUUCGACCCCAACGGGUCGCGCGCCUUUGAGAAAUGGGUUUUUCCCGAUGGCGAGUCCGUCGCGCAGAAGAUGGAAGCCAUUUCCCGACAGACUACCUGGUUGGACCUGUUUCAUUACCAGGGGGAGUUUGUUACGAGACAGAGUUUUGUGGAGGAGGACGGGUGGGGGAGGAGGAUUAAUGGACAUCGGGGGGAGUUGCAUCGGUUGAUUUAUGAGUUUGUGAAGACCAGGAAGGGGGUGGAGAUGAGAUGGGGGGUGAGGGUUACGGAUUAUUUUGAGAGUGAUGGGGAUGAGGCAAAGGGAGAAGGGCCGCAUGCGGGGGUGGUGAUUAUGGGACCGGAUGGGAAGACGGAGAAGGUCAAGGCUGACGCCGUACUAGCUGCUGAGGGCGUCCGUUCAAGGGGGAGGAAGUUGGUACUUGGGCUAGAGGAAGACGAACAGCCCAAAAGCUCGGGGUACGCGGUGUACAGAGCUUGGUUCCCCUCUGCUCCCGUUAUCGCAAAGAACCCUGUCACCAAGCACCUGGUAGAAAAGGGAGAUCAGCAUGAAGGGUUCAUCGGUCCCGAUAUUCACUUCCUCGUUUCCUCGAUCAAGGGCGGCAGCGAGAUCAACUGGGUGUUCACCCACAUCGAUGACGGCAACAUCGAAGAAUCGUGGCAGUUCCCGGGAAAGCCCGAAGAGGCUCUGACUUACCUCGAGGGAUGGUGUCCUGUGGUUAGGGAACUGGUGAAGGCUACGCCGCCGGGGAGGCUGAUCGACCACAAAUUGGUCUAUCGCGAGCCGUUGCCGACCUUCGUCAGUCCCAAAGGAAGGACAGCGCUUAUAGGCGACGCGGCGCAUCCUUUUUUGCCUACUUCCAUUCAGGGCGCUAGCCAGAGCAUUGAAGACGGUACGGUAGUCGCUGCGUGCCUGGAACUUUCCUGCCGGAGCAGUGGAAAGGGGGAGAUGGCAAAGGAGAAUGUAGCCCCCACAGCCCUCAAAGCUUACGAGAAGCUGAGGUACGAAAGGGUGCACAGAGCCCAAGCCAUGGGCCCAAAGACGAGGGAACAAUGGCAUAAGGCCAACUGGGACGGACCGGACGGAGUGUGGAAUAAUCCGGAGAGGAUUUGGUUAAUGAGGGAGGAGUGGUUGUUGGGGUUUGAUGCUGAGGGGGAUGCGUAUGGGCGGUGGCCUAGUAUCGUCAAGGAAUUGCAGGAUGAGGAGAAGGAGGAAAAGGGGAGGAAUGUGGUGGAGUUGGAUGGGAAGAGCGGGAAGGUAAAGUUGUGA